GUGGGGUUGUACGUCGGCGGGUGGCCCUGGUUCGGCGGGUUAGGCGGCCACUCCACUGGUGAGUACCCCGACGGCGCCUGGCUUUUAGUUCGCGGGUACUGAGUUGAGCGCGGCGGCGGCGGCGGCAAGAUGUUGGCGCUAUUGGCCGCCGGCGUGGCGUUCGCCGUGGUGGUCCUGGCUCAGGACAAGCCGCUGCCCGGCAGCCACUUCGUGUGCUCGGCAAUACCCCCGGAGGCGUUGUUCGCCGGCUGCCCUCUACCCGCGACGCCCAUGCAGGGCGUCUCGCUGAGCCCCGAGGAGGAGCUGCGGGCCGCCGUGCUGCAGCUGCGUGAGACCGUCGUUAUGCAGAAGGAGACGUUGGGCGCCCAGCGCGAGGCUAUUCGCGAGCUCACGAGCAAGCUGGCGCGCUGCGAGGGGCUGAUGGCCGGGAAGGCGGAGUCGAGCAAGGACACCAUGGGCGACCUGCCGCGGGACCCUUCCCGAGUCGUGGAGCAACUCAGCCGCUCGCUGCAGGUUCUCAAGGACCGUCUGGAGAGCCUGGAGCUUCAGCUCCGCACCAAUGCAUCCAACACGGGGCUGCCCAGUGACUUUAGAGAGGUGCUCCAGCGGCGGCUUGGGGAGCUGGAGAGGCAGCUGCUGCGCAAAGUGGCGGAGCUUGAAGAUGAGAAGUCCCUGCUCCACAAUGAAACUUCCGCUCACCAGCAAAAGACUGAGAACACCCUGAAUGCACUGCUGCAGAGGGUGACUGAACUGGAGCGAGGCAACAGUGCAUUUAAGUCUCCAGAUGCAUUCAAAGUGUCCCUCCCCUUCCGCACCAACUACCUAUAUGGCAAGAUCAAGAAGACGCUGCCAGAACUAUAUUCCUUCACCAUCUGCCUGUGGCUGCGGUCCAGCGCCUCACCAGGCAUUGGCACCCCAUUCUCCUAUGCCGUACCUGGGCAGGCUAAUGAGAUUGUGCUGAUAGAGUGGGGUAACAACCCCAUCGAGCUGCUCAUCAAUGACAAGGUUGCACAGCUGCCCCUGUUUGUCAGUGAUGGCAAAUGGCACCAUAUCUGCAUCACCUGGACGACACGGGAUGGCCUGUGGGAGGCUUUCCAGGAUGGAGAGAAGCUUGGCACUGGGGAGAACCUGGCACCCUGGCACCCCAUCAAGUCAGGAGGGGUGCUGAUCCUUGGACAGGAGCAGGACACUGUCGGGGGCAGAUUUGAUGCCACACAGGCGUUCGUGGGAGAGCUCAGCCAGUUCAACAUCUGGGACCGUGUCCUUCGCCCGCAGGAAAUUAGCAACAUCGCCAACUGCUCCUUAAACAUGGCAGGCAACAUCAUCCCCUGGGUAGACAACAAUGUGGAUGUGUUUGGAGGGGCUUCCAAGUGGCCGGUGGAGACGUGUGAGGAGCGCCUUCUGGACUUGUAACCACCUUCUCCGUCUAGGAGGCCAGGACCAGGCUGUCUCUAUGGGGAUAUCAGAACCACUUACUCCCCAGCUGGACUCUGUUAAACCUCUUGCCCCAGUGAGUGGGACCCCAAAGCCCAUUCCCAGGGAAUGUCUAAGAAUUUCUAUGUGUUA